AUGGAAUUAAUUCUUUGGCAGUUGCGAGGCAUGCUAGACAGCUGGAAAAAUGUGCUGGUCACUAACUCCCGCUCUCUAACCUCCGACUAUCUAUUCCAGUUGUCCGAAAAGAUCAGCGACGUAUAUCUAUUGCAGCUCAGCGGUGACAUGAGUGAGGUGACUACGGCCCUCGGUUUGAAAGAAGCUCUUGGAAAGUGGAGACAUGCGGGACGCGAAUACCAUAUGCCCCAACCCAGCUGUUCAGCCCUCAUUAAAGUCCUGCCAGGGCAGAAGGACGUCUACAUCUCCCAAGUUACCUGGCAGGGCUACUCCUCAAUGCUGAAGGUUGCCAAGUUCUACAGUUUCUCCUGGCAUCUCACACGGGAUCCCGAUUCACCCUUCAUUCCAGGCGGGGACAUUCUCUUCUCCUCCUAUCCGUCAACCAUCGCUUCGAUUGACGACCUCUACAGCACCAGUACUGGCCUGGUGACCUUGGAAACAACCAAUGGGAACCACAAUCCUGAUUUGUGGUCAUUUGUGCGCCAUGGUCUCAACACCUCCGUCCUCGAGGUCUUCCGUGUAAUGAUAGCCAAUCGUCUGGCUCGCGGUGGACCCGAGUGGGUUUCGCACUUCAGUCGUGAAAACAGUGGAACUUACAACAAUCAGUGGAUGGUAUUCGACACCAAACUCUUUGAACCGUCGAAACCCCUGCCACCGCGGGACUUGCUGUGGGUAGCUGAGCAGAUUCCGGGAUUUGUUCAGUCGGCGGACGUGACUAACGUCCUUCGCGAGAAGUCCUACUGGGCCAGUUAUAACAACCCGUACUUCAGUUUUAUUCACAACAUCUCCGGCUUCAACGACUACGAAAAAACCUACGGCGAUUGGUUUAACUACGACCUGCAUCCGCGCGCACAGAUAUUUAAACGAGAUCACGUGAAAGUCGACUCGCUGGCAAAAAUGUAUCGCCUGAUGCGGUACAACGACUUCACGCAUGAUCCCCUGUCUCGUUGCAACUGCACACCACCCUACAGUGCUGAGAAUGCGAUUUCUGCUCGAAAUGAUUUGAAUGACAUCAACGGUACCUACCUAUUUCCGGCGUUGGCUUAUCGUCUGCACGGCGCGACUGAUGUCAAGCUGGUGAACUUGGCCAUGGCGACGAGUACGAGUAUGAUCGCAGUUAGCGGACCAACUUACGACGACGUACCCCCGUUCCAGUGGUCGCGCUUGAACCCACCGGUAUCAAAGCCGCUAAUGCACCCGGACAAAUGGAUCUUUCCUCCCCUACUCAUUCAGGUGAAGUACCCAGCGAACAUCCCCGUCUUCAUCGUUCAAUUGGUCGACUAG